AAUGACAGCUCCUAAACGAAAAGCCUUCAAGAGUAUCAAUAUAAAUUGUGGGAAUGGGCAAUUGUUUGUGUAAAGAUACACCAGAAGAACACGAGGUUUAUAAUGGACAGAAUCAUGCAGAAGCUGAAAAUACAGUGUUAUCAGAAUUUAAUAUAGGCACAAGUGCAUCUAGCAGUGUAACUACUGUACAUUUCAACUUUCCAAAUUCAGCUUAUAUUGAUAAAUUGGUACUUGAAACAUUGGGUGUUAUUGGUUCUCUUGUUCAUAAUGAACAAGAACCACCACCAGCAAUGUUAACAUUACACAUAAUUGCCGAUAAAGAAGAUGGAUGGAUACAAGUAAUCAAUUCAAUGGUCAAUGUUAUUCCAAUGCACAACCCAUUAGGUCCUUCAGUCAUUACUCUUGUAUUAGAUGAUGGUCCACUACCUUCAAAGGAGUCAGUUCAAAGAUUGUCACAAAUGUUUCAAUUAUAUCAAAAACUUGGAAAUGUACAAACCACUGCAACUCAACAAUGUAAUAUUUGUGUGGUACUGGGUUGUGUAGCAGAAAAAUUAGCUGGUCCUAGAAGUAUUGCAAUAUUAUCUGAUGCAACCUUAGAUUAUCUUGUCUCCAAUCUUAGGGAAGAUAUUGAUCCUUAUGUGGUACUGUAUUCGUUAAUAGCCUUGGAAAAAUUUGCACAGACAAGCGAAAAUAAAAUAACUAUCAAAAAACGUUUAAUGGUAGAAGAACCUAACCCACUGUUAGAAUUGGAAAAAUGGGCAACAGAAACUCAUUAUGUACGUAGACAAGUAGGAUUCUGUGCACAGUGGAGUUUAGAUAACUUAUUUUUGAUGGAAGGUAGGAAAUAUUCACAUGAUUCCAUUGAUAUGACUGGCAUUAAUGUUAUGCUAAAUACAAAUGAUGUAAGCGAGUACCUGAAAAUAUCACCCAACGGUUUGGAAGCUCGAUGUGAUGCAUACUCAUUUGAAAGUGUAAGAUGCACAUUUCAAGUGAAUUCAGGCACUUGGUACUAUGAAACACUGUUAAUAACUGCAGGAGUAAUGCAAAUUGGUUGGGCUACAAAGGAUAGCACAUUUUUGAAUCAUGAAGGGUAUGGUAUAGGUGAUGAUAAAUUUUCUUUGGCCUACGAUGGUUGUCGUAGACGAAUUUGGUACAAUGGAAGGUGUACGAAGUAUCAUGAAAAAACCUGUUGGAAAGCUGGCGACGUUCUAGGUUGUCUAUUAGACUUAAACAAAUGCGAAAUAAUAUUCUCUAUAAAUGGUGUACCGCUUAAACCUUGUGUUCAAGUUUUUAAAACAGUGAAGUCCGGAUUCUUUGCUGCAGCUAGUUUCAUGUCAUUCCAGCAAUGUCUCUUUAACUUUGGAAAUGUACCAUUUAAAUAUCCUCCUGCUGAUCGUGAAUAUAAAAAAUUCAAUGACUAUGCCACUCUGAAACCAGAGGAUAAGGUUGUGCUUCCUAGACACAUAUACUUGGAUCAACUGAGGAAACUUAGUGUUAGAGAAGACUCGUGUACAUUGUGUUUUGACCAAAGAGCUUCAGUGAGAUUAGUACCAUGCAAUCACAGAGGAUUUUGCCAAAUGUGUGCGGUUCAACUGGUAGAAUGUCCAAUGUGUAGGGCUACAAUUGAAGAAGUAGCUGUUGAUAACACAUGACACUACUUUAGCAUACCAGCAUUUAUUAAUACUCUUCCACUACUUUUUUCAUAUUACACAAUUCUCAGGAACUGUCAUCAAGAUAAUCACAAUUACAA